AUGCAUUCACAAAUAUAUUCCAGCCAUUCCAAUUUCGAAGAGAAGUCUGAUGUUGGUUGGCCUAAACUUCUAACACCUAUUAUGCGCGAGUUUGCGAAAUUAACUACACGCAGUGCGUGUAAAGAUUGUUUUGGAAAAAUUCAUACACAAGAACAAUUACAAUUAGUUAAACAACCUUUAAUUAUUAAUAAAAAUCAAGCUUGUCAGAAUGAAAAAACUAAAUUUUUUAUUAUUGUUAAAUCAGGAAGUUUUCAACGACGAAAUUUCACACGUUCUACAUGGGCACAAGAAAUUAUUGAACAUUUUAAUGUACCUGUUUUAUAUGCUAUUGGAUAUCCACAAGAUUCUGCUAUGCAAAAAGAAAUUAUUGAGGAAGAUGAAAAAUAUCAUGAUUUAUUACAGUUUAAUUUUCUUGAAAGUUAUUAUAAUUUAACAUUAAAAACCACGAGUGUUUUAGUUUGGUAUGAUCAACAUUGUUCCAAAAACAGUGAUUAUCUUUUUUAUGUUGAUGAUGAUGUACUUAUCCAUGUUGAUAAAUUAAUUUUGUACAUGAAUCAAGUUUCUAAUAAUGACACAAUCGAAGGUUGGUUCGAAAAAUCUGGAAAAAUUCAACGUAAAGGUAUUGGUGGAGUAUCAAAAGAAAAUUUUCCUAUUAAUAUUGUACCAGAUUAUUUAUGGGGUGCUGCAGUUUUAUAUCCAUCAAAUAUAAUAUCGAAUUUAUUAAUCAAAGCUAUAUUUAAUACAACAAUACCAAUAUUUUUUCGUGAUGAUGUUUUUAUUAAUGGUUUUAUGGCUGAACAAGCUGGAAUUAAACGAAAACAUAUGAAAGGAAUUUUGACACAUGAUCAAACAGAAGAUGAUUUAAAGACUAAUAUGAUAAUAAUUGAUUUUAAAAAUGAAGAAAAUCGUCAAAAAGCAUGGAAUUGUUAUAAAUAUAAUAUUCAAUGUAAUAAAAAUUUACCAUUAUUAUUAUUUAGAAUUUUUGCUGGAAUAAGUUUAUUCAUAGUCAUGAUUGGUUCUUGUUAUAAAUAUUUUACAAGUACGUUUUAUUAUAAGCAAUUAAAACAUGAAUUUGAUUUUUGGUAUUAUACAACUAAUCAAUGGUUUAAGCAAAAUAUGAAUUUAACAUUGAUGAGAAAUAGACGACAAUAUUCGUCACGUGGAAUUCAAAAGACUAUGUUAGGUGUUCAGUGGUUGAUUAAUUUGAGAAGAAUGAUUAAUUCGUAA